GUGUUUCUUUUCAGGCAAAGGGCGGGGUUUCUGUUUCAUUUUCACACGCUUGCGCUCAGCCCAAGUCAUUUGGCUUUUGAUUUGCGCAUGCCGGCAUGGAGGAAGCAGCGUCGUCGUCGGCGAAGGCAUGGAGGACGGCCUUUUUGACCCUGAGAGACGAAACUCUAACAUCUCCUCGCGUCUCCAUCCCUAAGCUACUUCAACAUCUCAUCUUCACCCAAUCCCACUCUUUGGUAGCGGCUGCCCCCAACCUCCCACCCCACGAGGUCACAUCCGAUGUGAUGUUCCUGGUGGAAUUGGCUGCUACUUCUGAAUUCGAAGAUUCGAUCAAUGCCAUUAUAAACACAUGCUACUUGAUCCAUGAAGUUUCUCGACGAGUUUCCCUGGAAAUUAAUUCGUCUUAUUGGGAUCUCAUGCUCGACUCUCUUGGAAAGAUGGUUGAUUUUCUUCUCUACGAAGCUGGUACAAAAAGAGUUUCCCCAGUGAAUACCGCUGGAAUUGGAGUUCUGACGCAGUGUUUAGAUACUAUAAGAUAUCUUAUGAGAGCAUAUCACAAGAAGUGUUCGCUGCACGAACACGUACUGUUAAUGAAAUUUCUCCUCCGCAUUGUUGCAUUAUCUCAUGCAGAAUUGUCUUUCUCAUGUUGUUCAAGUGGUAUUGCCACAACUGGGAAAGGUUUACCCCAAUACUGUGGUUUAUGGGAUAUUCAAACUACUGCCUUUACCAUGAUUGGUGAAGUAUUAUCAAGAGUUGGGCCAUCUUUACCGUUCAAGAUUUGGCAAUCAACAGUUGAGGUUCUUAGGAAAGUCAUGGAUGUAUUGGCAUCUAGAAGCCUGCUUGUGGAAGACAGCAUAAUGUCCAGGUUUUAUGCAUCUCUUCUGCAUUGUCUGCAUUUGGUCCUUGCAGAUCCUAAGGAUUCCCUUUCAGACCAUGUGGCUGGUUUUGUAGCAGCAUUGCGGAUGUUCUUAAUUUAUGGUCUUCCAGAUAGACCCCAACCUGUCAGGCCACUUGCUGGUUAUAAUGAGAAGAAACUUAGUUCUAGGACCCUUGAGUUAAAUUUGGAAGAAUCAAGAAUGACUGAUUGUGGUCCAUAUAGGCCUCCACAUUUACGUAAGAAGGAUAGUGCAAAUUCACAUCGGCAGAAAGCUUGGCAAUCUCAGGGGUUUUCAGAUCAUGAAUCUUCAUUGGUUGAUUUUACAUCAUCUGAUUCGGAUUACAGUGACAGUGAUACAUCAGCAAAAGAUACUGAUUGUGUUCAAAGCUCUAAGGCUAGAGUAGCUGCCAUUAAUUGCAUCCAGGAUCUUUGUCAAGCUGAUCCCAAGUCAUUUUCUGCUCAAUGGACUAUGCUUUUGCCUACCAGUGAUGUAUUACAGCCAAGGAAGUAUGAAGCCACUCUAAUGACAUGCUUACUGUUUGAUCCAUUUUUAAAGGCACGCACUGCGUCAGCAUCAACUCUUGUUUCCAUGUUGGAUGGGCCUUCAUCUGUUUUUCUGUGUGUAGCGGAGUAUAAAGAGUCCACAAAAUGUGGAGCUUUUACAGCACUUUCUAAUGCCCUUGGUCAGAUACUGAUGCAACUUCAUACAGGUGUUCUGUACUUAAUCAAGUGUGAAACACAUUGUGGAUUGCUUGCAUCCUUGUUCAAAAUUCUCACACUUCUCAUAAAAUCCACACCGUAUUCAAGAAUGCCUGUUGAGCUGUUGCCAACUGUUAUUACAUUUCUCUGUGGGAGGAUUGAAGAAGGGUUCACAUUUAAAAGUGAUCAGAAUGGUCUGAUGGUUCUUGCUAUUAGUUGCUUGGCAGCAGCUUUUUCUACAUCACCUUCUUCAUUGCAUGUUAAAGCAAUGCUUUUAAAAGAAAUAUCAACAGGUCAUGGUGAGGCUCAAGGGAAGCCAGGUGUUCUUUUGACAUUAUUCCAAUAUUCUGGACGUGUUGCAAACCUGACAGUAAGCUUUGAGGCUCUCCAGGCCCUUAGAGUUGUGUCACACAGUUACCCGUCCAUAAUGGUUGCUUGCUGGGAACAGGUUUCUGCUGUUGUUUAUGGUUUUUUUAGGCUAGGUAGCCUUGAAGUUUCUACAAGAUCAUGGAAGGGCCAUGAUGGAAAUCCUACUGGGUCAAUUGGUGAAAAAGUUAUUACAGCUGCUAUUAAGGUUUUGGAUGAAUGUCUUCGGGCAAUAUCCGGGUUUAAAGGAACUGAGGAUAUUUCAGAUGAUAGAUUGCUGGAGACUCCAUUUACUUCUGAUUGCAUUAGGACAAGGAAAAUUUCAUCUGCUCCAUCUUAUGGAGUAGAGUGUGUGAAAGAUGCUGAACACAAACCAAAUGGGUGUUGUCCAGGAAUUGAACAGUGGCAUGAAGCAAUGGAUAGGCAUAUCCCUUUGAUUUUACAACAUAAUUCUGCUAUGGUGAGAGCUGCUUCAGUCACUUGUUUUGCGGGUAUGACUUCCUGUGUUUUCUUCUCUCUCUCAAAGCAGAAACAGGGUUUCAUUAUUUCUUCAUUGAUUGAUGCUGGUGUAAGUGAUGAAGUUCCUUUGGUAAGAUCGGCUGCAUGUCGAGCCAUUGGUGUCAUUGUAUGCUUCCCGCAAAUUUCUCAAAGUGCAGAGAUCCUUCAUAAAUUUAGCCAUGCUGCUGAACUUAACACGCAUGAUCCUUUAGUCUCGGUGCGAACAGCAGCCUCUUGGGCUUUGGCAAAUAUAUGUGAUUCUCUCAGUCGUAUUAAUGAUGAACAUUUAGAAGGUUCAAGCUCUCAAUUAGUGGUACAAUUGACAGAGUGCGCUUUGCGUCUAACUAAAGAUGGUGAUAAGAUCAAGUCAAAUGCCGUGAGAGCUCUUGGCAAUCUUUCUAGAUUUGUCCAAUAUCAGGGUAUAUCAGGUGCUUAUGAGAGGCCAAACAACUGCAUGAGUUUGGCUCUAAAACCCAAUGGCUCUGAGAUGUUGCCACUGAGCAGUGAACUGAAAGUAACUCAUAAUUUCUUAUCAAGUUCACACCAUCCUGCUUGUGGAGGAGAUUCGGAUUUGCUGGAUAGAAUGGUGCAGGCAUUUCUUUCUUGUGUUACAACUGGAAAUGUGAAGGUCCAAUGGAAUGUUUGUCAUGCAUUGAGCAACUUAUUUUUGAAUAAGAAGUUAAGACUGCAGGAUUUGGAAUGGGCUCCAUCUGUAUUUAAUAUUCUGCUACUGCUGCUUCGUGACUCUUCUAAUUUUAAGAUCAGGAUACAAGCUGCUGUUGCGUUGGCUGUGCCAUUUUCAGUACAUGAGUAUGGGAGAUCAUAUUCAGAUAUUGUCCAAGGUCUGCAGCGUAUACUUGAGAAUAUGGAUUCAGACCAAAUUCCAACCCCAUCAAGUUUCAAGUAUAUGGUUAUGCUAAAAAAGCAGCUGACAUCAACGAUGUUGCAUGUGCUUAGCCUUGCUUCAGGCACUGAGCAUGAACCUCCAAAAGAUUUUCUUGUGAAAAAAGCUUCAUUCUUCGAGGAGUGGUUUAAAGUCCUGUGCUCAUCAUUGGGUACUGUGUCCGAGGCUGACCUUGAGAAUCAGAAGAAAGAAAUGAUAACCCGGGCAAUACAAUCACUAAUUGAAGUAUAUGAAGGAAGAAAUAAUAAAGCAAAUGCAGAGAGAUUUAAGAGCCUGGUCAACAGCAUGCAAUAAAUCACUUGGUCAUACUUCAUACUUGAUGUAUUUGUUCUUCUGUAUUCUCUUCUUGUAAAUUAAGGAAUGAACAUAUUCGUGAUAAGUUAGGUGUAGCUCCUAUAGAAGAUAAGAUAAGGGAGGGACGACUCAGAUGGUAUGAACACUUACAACGUAAGCCAAAUAGUGCACCUGUAAGGAAGAGUGACUUAAUUACUGUGAGGGACAGUAGAAGGGGUAGGGGUAGACCUAAAAUAACAUGAGAGGAGAUAGUGAGUAAGGAUUUAAUAUCCUUGAAUCUAUGGUCCAUGAUCGCAUAAAUUGGCAGAAAAGGAUUCAUAUAAUCGAUCCCACUUAGUGAGAGUAA